AUGACUAUUGUGGAUACAGACAUCAUUUCAGUGGCCUCAGCAGCAGUCGAUGACAAAAAGUCAAUGAACAUUGAAUUGUCUGAUUCGUUAUUUGACUAUGACAUGCUUUUGAAGGAUGUGGAUGACAGCAGCAGUGCUCACAAGGAGACGGAUGAACUGUUCCAAGGCCUAUUCACUCAUGAGACGCAUGAUCUAAACAGCAUCAGCAAUCUGUCCUCGUCUGCCUCUUCAUCUCCUCAGCAACAUGUGGAUUUGCAAAGGCGUCCAAAUGUAAUGCAAUGGGGUCCUCAAGACGGUCAAGAAUCCUGCACCAUUGUCUCCAUUGUGCUGCGACAUCAUCAAGAAGCUGCUCCCAUGAAGAUUGUGUUUGGUACAUUGACAGUUGAAACAGCUCAACAACAGCACAUUGUAGCCAACAGCAGCAGCAACAGCAAUAGCAACAGCAACAGCAACAGCAACAGCAACAGCAACAGCGAUAGCGGUAGUGGUGGUAAUUCUGUUUGGAUUACAUUGGCAGCUUCUGUGCCUCCGUUGAAAGAUAUUCGCUCUGACUCUAAUCAAGUCAGGAUUUCCGUUUGUUUGUUUGAUCGCAAUGAUCCUGACCUUGCUGUGGAUACUUGGGACAUUGGCCAGUUUACGUACAUUGAAGAUGAGCAAGUCAUUACUAAUAGCAGCAGCCGUAAGAGAGCUCUCUCCUGUGAGCCCGAUGAAUGCGCGCAAAAAAAGCAUACAUACGACGUCAAAGCAGAGCACGAACAGGAGCAGCAGCAGCAGCAGCAAGGCCAUUCAGAAGAUGUAAAUGCUCAGCUCCUUAAGCUACUUGCGCCAUACGACCCUCUAUUGACUGUCAACCACAGCGAAUCCAAUGCUCCUGCUGCUACUCGCACGAAUGCCUGGCUAUCACCUACAUCGAGUAGUGACAGUAGUAGCAGUAGUAGUCUUGCACCACAGAAUCACUCAAACUAUUCUACAUCCGUGCCACCUACAUUUCCUUUGACAGUAAAUCAUAUGAUGCUUCAACAGGGAUUGCUCAAUAGUAAGAGACCACAACAACGCCAGCAUCAAGCAAGCAGCAACCCUCUCGACAUGGCUCACAAACAUGACAUGUACAGAAUCUACUCGAAUAUACAGCAUCAGCAGCAACGACAUAACCCUUAUCUGAUGCGUCACCAGCAGCACUAUCCCAGCCAGCCUACGUAUAUGUCGCAUGCCAUGAGCAACUACAUUCAGUCCAUCAACAACAACAGCAACAACAAUAACGCUCUUUACAACAUGUCUGAGCAGCAGCAACAAGCACAGCAGUAUCAGCGAAUCCAGCAGCAAAGCUUCUCCACGCCUUACGCCACGUCUUCAUCAUCUAUAGCAUCGCACGUCGUUCCUCGAAGAGCAUCAGCACCAUCCACCACCUCCUACACAACUACAAACAGCAACAGUUGUGCAUUGAACAAGGCCCAUCUCAAACUAAAUGGUGAUCUUAUGGACAUGAUUACAAACUGGUCUGUUCCAGAAUGGCAAUCAGGUCGUCGUCUAGUGCAUUUUUGGCGUCGUACUACCACGGGAGCAGAUGGGAACUUGGCGUUAGUUGAAUGUGGCUUCGAACCAAUGGAUCAGCAACUGUAUCAUCAACAGCGUAUGAGAGACAAUGUUGUUGCGGUCGCUGCUGCUGCUGCUGCUGCUGCUGCUGUGUCUCAUCAUUCCUCGUCAGUGAACAUCAAGAGUAAUACGAUGGUGAGCGGCAUUGGAACUCGACACGGAGGGGGAGGAGGAGGAGGAGGAGGAGGAGGAGGAGGAGGAGGAGGAGGAGGAGGAGCAAACACUACUGCACCUAUUGUUAUUUCAUGUAUAUAUUGGAGAGAAAGAAACGACUAUUUCAUCACAUCUGUCGACUGCAUUUAUCUGCUUGAAAGCCUGAUCGGUAUUCAAUUUACCGUUGAGGAAAAGAACAGAAUCCGAAGGAACUUGGAAGGAUUCAGGCCUCUGACUGUCUCCAAAUGCAAGAUGGAAUGCGCAGAGUUCUUCAAGCUGAUCAUGUCAUUUCCUCACCCGAAACCUAGGAAUAUCGAGAAAGACGUCAAGGUGUUCUCCUGGAAGACGCUGCCUCAUGCAUUACGAAAGAUCAUCAGAAAAUACACGCCCUCUUACAUUGCAUCCACGCCAUUAGAGCCCAUUCAUCCCCAACAGCAACAGACAAGCAAUCCCGCAUCCUCUUCUUCUGCAUCGCAUCUCCAUCAUAGCAACAUUAAUAAUUUCUAA